AGGCUCGGGUGCCACUUUGUGAUCUACCUGUUUUAAGUUGUACAGUGUUCUUUUAAAGUUCUGAUCUAUUGAAAUCUAGUUUAUGAAAGAGGGGGGGCGUUUUAAAUGUGUGCUUCUAGGCGUAAGACUGUGGAUAUUUCCGUGCUCUUGAGUUGAUUUCAAAAUGGACUUGGAUUAAGUUCCUCAUUUGUAUGCAGUAGAUGGGGUUUAUAUUCAAGUUUAUAUUGUGUUUCACUGUUUUGACAUGCGCAAGUAGAGUAGCGGCUCAAUGUCCUGUCGGCUGGUUCGGUUCCAAGUGUCAGUUCAUGUGUCACUGUGAAAGCAAUGCCCAUUGUGAUAGUUAUGGUCAGUGUCCAACAAAAUGUAACGCUGGCUGGUUUGGCCAAGGGUGUCAAUACGAGGACUUGACGACUGUUGAUGGCGCGCUAAUCUCGACGUCUGCUGUGUCUAGUUCCACUUCAUGGUUGACUGAUCAAGACGUGACAACAUGCAACGAAGAUCCGAGUCUCGACUCUAUUACAGUGCAAUGGGAUAAACCUUAUCCUUUCACCUGGUUAAGGAUACAAGCUAAAAAUCUAUCGGCUGUUGACCAAUUUAAAUUUCUAUUUACAACAAGCGGAAACAAAUCACACAACUGUAUCAAUCAGCUUCAAGCUAUUAUUGAUUCAGUCACAGUAGACUACAGAUGUGAAAUUAAUGAUACAGUAACUAGACUGAUCAUUACUGGACCUAGUUUAUACUCAGUGUGUUCCUUAUAUAUUAGUGGAGGGCGCAAUGUUGCUUUGAAACAGAUAGCCCAGCAGACAGGGACAUAUACGUUUGACAAUAUUUCAUAUCCUGCCUCCUUGGCUGUGGAUGGCGACGCCAAUCCUUACUUUCAUAACAAGACGUGCUCUCACACAACGGACAUCUUACAAGAAAGUGUGCCUCCUGUUAGCUGGACACUGACACUGGACACUCCACGAGUGAUUAACAGGAUAACAAUAUACAACAGAGCUGACUGCUGCAGUGACAGACUGUCUAAUUUUAUCCUUGAAAUACUGGACACUAACAACCACACCGUGUGGUCAUACGAGGGUCCAGUCAACGCUUCACUUGUCUAUGAGUUGAACACACUGCAGCAGAAGCCUGUCAAGACGAUACGAAUAAUAGCCACAAGAAUUGAAGUAAAUACUAAGCCACCACUGGUAACUUUAUGUGAAGUCUUUUUGUUUGGAGAUUGUGAACCAGGAGCAUGGGGGCUUGGAUGUACAAGCCCCUGCCCCACAGAAUGUAGAGAUUUUUGCCAGCAAGAGUCAGGAAAAUGCUUUAAAUGUCUGGGCUAUGUAGAUCCGCCUCGUUGUACUACAGCAUGUUUACCAAACACUUGGGGUAUAAACUGUCAGAGUAAUUGCAGCAGUUCUUGUCACAACACUUCAUGUGACAAAGUAACUGGUGUUUGUGACAAAGGCUGCAGUGGCUACAGUAAUCCCCCAGCAUGCACAGCAGAAUGUGCUUCUGGGAAAUGGGGACACAACUGUAGUUAUGAGUGCAGUAGUUUUUGUAUUCGCCAAACGUGUGAACGAGUUACUGGACUUUGUCAAUACACAAGCGAGACCACUGCAACAACUGCAACAACUGUAGUUUCAGAUCCCUGCAAUUGUCCAGGCUUAGGACCUGGCAUCGGUAUAGGUAUCGCCAUUGGUGUGGUCAGUAUUGUUCUAGUCGACAUAGCUAUCUACUUUAUAUUUAUCAAGAGAAGACAACCUCCAGCCACUGUGAAUGAUCCUGUAGAGAAGACGCAUGGGACGCAACUCCAACAAUAUGACUCCUUGAAAGAAAACACUCAAUAUAAACCACACUAUGAAACAGUCGAUCCUAUAGACAUAGACAAGACUUCAGUGACUCAAGGCUCUACAUCUUCACCUUAUGAGAACGAAGUAGCACCAUAUGAAAGAUACAGUCCUAAACAUAAUAAAUAAACUUAAAGGGAAAUAAAAAUGUCAUAGCCCCACACAUAUAUCUGUACCUACAAAUAGUUAAGACAGAAAUGUUAAUGUCAAUUUUGUUUCAUGGACAAUCCCUCCUAUUUGCUUACAAACUCUACACGACUUUAAACCGGAAACCGACUGUAAAACUGGGUGGGCAUUUUCAUAAAAACAAAUUAUAACGAUUUCCAUAGAAAUUCGACACUGGUGUUAAAGUAACUACCUAACUGGCCUAACAUUGAAAAAAUCUGGUUUGACAGUUACAUCAUUUUCAAAAUAUAAUCAUUUUAAAAUUAAGUUUGGCUUGUCUUUUUAUUUUGAAUACAACUGAAGUGAUAAGAACCGCAUUCCGCAUUUCUUAAUUUUCUUGCAUAUAAAUUUUGCGCAUCGUCUCUUAUAGAAAUAAGACUAUCCUUUUUAAAUAAGUGAAUGUAGUUGUGCAAUAUUUAUCUCAUUGCAUUUAUGAAGCAGUGCAUCAAGGGGGAUUUUAUUUUUAAAAGAAACGUUCUUAUUGCACAUGUUUUUUGAUACAAUCAUGGCAUAGAAAAAUAAUUAUAAAAGAGAAUUAUCUAUAUAUAUAAUUCUCUUCUUCCCUCAAGAGUUUUGUCGAGUAGUAAGAAGUAUUUCUGUCCACGAGAAAACAAGAGUAGUGUUCACACUACGGAUGACUGGCUGCGCGCUUGACUGUCGUUUAAAUUUAUCAAACCCUGCCCACUCCCAUCCCCCUUUGUCCUGCUUGAGGUUUGGACUAGGAACUAAUCUAAGUAAUCUAGUAAAUCGACUAUAUGUAAAUAGCAGGGCAGGACUUAACCAUUGUGGGGCCCUAUGCGAAACGGAUUUCGCGGGGCCAAGUUUGGGUAAGGAAGCGGAUAAUAAGUAAAAUUUAAGAGUUUGUAUUAGAAAAUAAAUUCGUCUAUGCAUUUUAUUCAUCCUUUACUACGUACAGAAUUACUUUACGAGCCUUGCGUUUAGCAAAGUCAUACAGUAUAUCAUAAUAAUUAUGUUUCCUACAUAGCAUGAAUUACCAAAUGUUUCAAUCUAUCUUUGAGAAUUGUUUUCCAUAUUGAAUGACACCCAAAAUGACAAUUUUUUUUGUAUAUAUUUCAGUAUAUUUUAAUGACUUUUUCGUACAUUUAGCGAUUUCGGAAGAAAAUACCUAGAGCUACUGGUAAAUUGACAAGAGGGCGCGGGAAAUCUGUUUUAAGUUAUAAAAUGGUGUAAUUUUAUAAUUUAUACACCUUGAAUUAGAGCGGGUCCUAUGAAAGUGCGGGUCCUAUGAAAGUGCGGGGCCCACUGCGGUCGCAUAGGUUGCAGUGGCCUAAGGCCGGCCAUGCAAAGUAGCGGAGUAUUUUACGCCGCCGGUCGACUAGUUAAAUAUAUACAGGAGAAGUAAAACUUUGAAUCCAAACCUCCGAUGCCCUGCGGCUAUACCCAAACACGGGAAAGACUUCGGGAGACAACCCUGAGGAAAAAUCAGGAGCUGGUGACCCUUCGGCAGAUUGUGGCACACCAUGCUAAAGCCUGGCAGAUCCUGCGGCGCUACUGAUCCCAAACUAUCGGAUAUUCCGUUCCUUUGGUCUCAUCAGCUGCGCGAAGAUGGGGGAACUGCUGUGUGGGCGACAUCGUUCCGACCAUAAACAAUACCCAGGCUUUCAUCUCACUUGCUCUGAGAUGAACCAUAGUCGUUCUACGACUGAAGAU